ACGCAAUCAUUAUCUUCAAAAACUGCCUCUCUUCCAAGUGCUUUAUAUUUCACAUCCAUAGCGAUGAAACAAACAUUACCUCAAUUCGAGAAUCCAGCUUACACCGUGGGCUUAAUCGCCGCGCACCCCCACGAACGAGCCGCGGUAGAAGCAAUGCUCGACCAGAAGCAUGCACCACCCCAGUACAUACACCCCCACGACCACAACAUUUACACUCUGGGUGCUAUAAAGGGUUCUCCCGGGUACCACAAGGUAGUUGUUGUUAGCCCCCCAGCCGGCCGGUACGGACCCAUGACUGCUACGGCGACUGUUGCAAAGUUGCUUUCCAGUUUCCCCGGAAUCAAAUACGGGGUGACGGUUGGAACUGGAGGUGGGAUACCUGACGCGGACAGUGGCAGCGAUAUCCGCUUAGGUGAUGUGGUGGUUGGUCGCCCCGAAGGAGCGUAUUGGGGUGUAAGAGAAUAUGACAUUGGGAAGGCCAGACCAACGGGGCCAGAGAAAGGGUCGGGGUGGCCAUACCCACCAACAGCGUUACUGGGUGCUGUCAGUGCCAUCCGCAGCAAGCAUGAAUUGACUGGAAGUGAUGUACCGAAGAUUUUGGCGGCCAUGGGGAGACAUAACCCGAGGAUGGGCAGUCCACAACCAGGCCAGGUAAAGAGACAGGGCUUUGUCUAUCCGGGCGCGGAAAAUGACUUUCUAUUUGACGGGCAAUAUGAGCAUCGUCAGGGAAGUGCCGAUUGUCGUGGGUGUGAUCCUGGAAAGCUGGUGUACCGUGUGAAACGAGAGCAUCAUGAUCCUCUGAUCUUCUAUGGUACCAUUGCAUCGGCGAAGACGGUUGUAAACAAUGCUCGACAACGUGAUACGUUCAAAGAUUGUCUUUGUUUCGAGAGCGAUGCUGCCGAGUAUAUGAAUUCUUUCCCUUGCCUUGUUGUCCGUGGAAUCAGUGACUACUGCGAUAGCCACAAGAAUAACAGGUGGCAGAUGUAUGCUGCAGCAACGGCGGCUGCCUAUGCGAAGGAGCUUCUGGGGAUCAUGCAUGCAGGUUCUGAAUGGAUUCACAUCCAACAACAGCAGAAGGAGAAGCCUUCAUGUUGUAUCAUGUAACUAUCACUUGCAGUCCUUGAUAAUAUUUUAUACUGUAUAUCUGAUAAGAUAGCCCCGAUUUCAUGCCACUUACCGUUAGGACCACGUUUUAAAUCAACAUAUCAACUAAACCUUCGUAAGUCUAUCCUUAACAUAUGCCAAUUGAAAUCCCACACGCUCCGCAUUCCUUGCACUCGCCUCCCCAGGUCUCGCAUACAUAACGGCCCUCUCAACUCCUG